AAUAUAUUGCAAGGAAAUUAACUAUAGUGAGGAUAUUCUGUUGAAAAUGAUGAGACGACCAAGUUUGCGACCUCCUUCACGGAGCCCUUCCAGGAGGCAAUCUAUGGUCAAACAAGCUGCCCAUCACAAUAGUUUGUACACGAGUUCUUUGGUUUUUGGUUUGGCCACACAGAAAUCUCGCCGGAGGGAUAUUACUUUUGAUUCCAAUGAUUUUUGCGAUGGGAAAUUGCGUUUCUAUCGAACUCCAAGAAUUGUCAUGGAUCAGCUAAAGACUUUGAUGAAUCGGAUAUUUGAGAGUCGAACGGAGCCUGAAUCGGAGUACAGGAAGUACAAUCCGAAGAAAUGUAAGAUUCUCUGUCAACUUCUGGCCCAGGACAUUAAGAAGGCGGCCAAAGGACUCUACAUGAGACGCUACAGAAUCGUCACAAUAGUAAGUAUCAUUCCUAAGCUUCAACAGGGUGUUACUUGUGCCAUGAUGUUCUUCCAAGAUCCCAAAAUGGAUCUUUUCUCCAGUCACAAAUAUGAGACACCAACGUACUUUAUUCUCGGAACAGUGUACAUGAUUUACAAGGAUUGAGUAGAAUUGAGAUUUAGAAAAAAAUACAAGGGGUUAGUUUUGAAUGUU